AACGGUUAAUCCGUAUUCGACUCAGCGCCAACGGUUAAAAGUAGGAGGCAGGAAGAGGCGCGCUAAGCACCAGGUGGAGCCGAGACAUCAUGCAGGCGGUGUCCUGCGCCUCACCGAUCACAGCGGCGUAGAAUGCCGUCCGGAAUGUAGCACCGGCAGCAGUUUUCUCCUCAAUUAUGGAUUCUUCUAUCUGACACUUUGAGCUGUGCGUUAAUUGUUCAGAUAGUCAGCAGUUAAAGCGUGACUAUCCUUUCCAGAAGCACCGUCGAAAAAUGUCUCAUUGCGAAUAGAGACAGUUAUGUGUUGAAAGCACGCAGGCUACUCUGCAUACCUUUGAAGUCUACUCCGUUGCGCAGUGGGCUGUAUAUGCUCUGUCUGCCUCUUUCGUGAACGAGAUUGAGCAGCAUUAAUGACUGUUGUUGGAUAAAUGACUUCUGGCAGUCUCUUCGAGGUCUGUGGACGGAGCCAGCGGCUGUAUGGGAAAUGAACGUGGCCGGGAAAAAGCAACGUGAACUGAUAGAGCGACCAGCCAGCCUCUUGGUUCCAACUUGGACAAAAUCUGGAAUUGCCCUGCUGUACAACAAAGAGACCAGGAAUACUUAUGACGUUCGUCUAAAGCUGACAAAAGAGGUGUUAACCAUACAGAAACUGGACGUGGUGUGCACAAGAGGGGGUGACCCACGAUUAAAUCACAGAACUGUCGUACUCCGAAGACAAUCAGCUGGAGGUCUGGGUCUAAGCAUCAAAGGGGGGGCUGAACAUAAAGUGCCUGUGGUCAUUUCAAAGAUUUUUAAAGAUCAAGUAGCAGAUCAGACCGGGAGGCUAUUCGUUGGGGACGCUAUGCUACAGAUCAAUGGCAUUAAUGUUGACAAUUGUACUCAUGAAGAAGUUGUUAAUCUCCUGCGGUCUGCUGGGGAUGAAGUCACCAUCACAGUUCGGUACUUCAGAGAAGUUCCGUCUUUUUUAAAGCUGCCAUUGGACUCUCCUGGACCACCCAGUGAUCAGAGUAGCAGAGGAUCCUCACCACAAUUUGACAGUGGUUUACAUUUAAAUGGAAAUUCCAGCAACACAGCUCCGUCCUCGCCCUCCUCGCCCCCGGCUAAUGAACCAAAGUACGAGAAGCGCUGGCUGGACGCUGUGUCCCUACCCUUGGUGAUGGCCCGAGUCUCCAGAUACAAGGCUGAAAGGGAUGUAUUAAGGUCGAACAGCUUUGAAGUCUGCACCAUGGAUGGGGCAAGCAGCAAUAUUCUUCAGUUUUGCACGGCAGCAGAAUGCACCGACUGGCUUCAGGCUAUCUCUACCAAUAUCAGUGAUCUGACGCUGGACCAGAUGAAAAUGAUUAACAGAAAUUGUUCCCCGGGUGAUCAGAUUGUCCACAUGGGUUGGGUGUGUGAAAACCCUCAAGCUACAAAUGGGAGUUCAUUAAGUACCUUCAAGUUCCUGGCAUUGAGAGGCCCUUCGCUCUACAUCUUCAGGAGUCCUCCUGUUAACGCCACAGACUGGGAAAAUGCUGAAACGAUGUAUAACCUCUAUGAGGUUCUGUUUAAGGUCCACAAGCCUUGGAUGGCGGAGGACUGCUGGAUCCAGGCGCGGCUCUACCUUGGCCUCCAGCCGGACGAGGAGCCACGGGACGGGGAGCCCUUCUGCUUCAGCAUUCUGGUUGGCCACGGUCAGAGCCACACCUUCAGUGUGGAGAUGACCUCGGACCUCGCCGCGUGGGAGAAGUCGUUCCAAAGAGCCGUCUUCGUGGAGGUGCAGAGAGUAGGGUCGAAGACCUACCUGUGCAGUAGCCAGGGUAAAGUACUGUGUUUUACCAUAGACUUUGGAUCUGGCUUCACCUGUUCAGAGAGCUCCUCGCAGAAUAUAUUAUGGAGAUACAAAUUCUCUCAGCUGAAAGGCUCAUCUGAUGAUGGUAAAACAAGGGUAAAACUCCUCUUCAAGAAUGCUGAAAACAGACAGAUAGAAAUGAAGGAGCUGGAGUUUGCCAAUCUGACGGCAGUCCUACAUUGUAUUCAUUCCUUUAUCGCUGCCAAAGUGGCCUCUGUGGAUCCUGUCUUUGUCAACAGUCAAAGCAUCUCUGGAAAGUACAUGAGUUAGACAAUCCUUUUUGUUGUCAUGUACAGUUGCUCACAUGAUCUAAUUAACUAUUUUAUGCACAUUCAAAUUCAAUUGUUAUGUAUAUCUUGUUCCUGUUAUUUUUGUAUGGCUCUUGUUAAAUAAGGAACAUAAACAAAUGUAUAUCGGACUUUGUUGUGGAUAUUUAUACUUGCAUUCAUUGGUUUGUAUUGGUAUUACGAUUUGAUUAUAGAAACGCUUACAGUUCCUAUUGGCCUUCUAUCACAGAAAUGGUUUAUGUUCAUUUAUUUCAUUGGAGACUGCUGUUUUGAACUCGUGUAGAUACAAGUAAAGUUUUUAUAUUUUCAGAGUUAAAGCACAACUGUUAUUCCGCACAAAUCUAGACAUUUGAGAAUUAUUAUUCUACCUAAGCAAUAAGGCACGACUUGGGGUGGUGUAUUGCCAAAAUACCCCAUGGAUAAUGGCUGUUCUGAGGCUUGUUUCAUCUUGUAGUGCCUGGACACAGUCCUUAGUCAUGGUAUAUUGGCCAUAAACCACAAAUCCACAAUGCGCCUUAUGACUAUUAUUAUGAUCUCAUCAUUGUCGAACCUGUACUGUUUGAUAUACCGCAUAUUAUAGCCAAUCAGCAUUCAGGGCUCAACCUAAACAGUUUUUAAUGGGCUAACAAUGUAGCAGGCAUUCAGAAGAAGGAUAAUAGGCUGUACCUUAUCUGAUUAAUUUUAAUUAAUCCCUGACUUCAGCAUGACUACAGAUGUUAUGGCUGCAGCAUGAUUUUGGAAAAAGAGUGGCUGAAUAGUUUGUAUUGAUGGUAACUGACCAAACAUUCCCAAAAAUCCUGGGCUUACUGCUUUUUUACGGUGCCAGAGGAGGUUUUAGUUUGUAUUUCAAGUGUUUACAGUCACUUAAGGUCACUGAUAUGCACCCAUAAUAAAGGAAGCGUUGUGUGGAAUACCAAACAAUGGCAAAGAAGACAGGCUUCUUGUAGCAAUGGUAUCUUAUGAUGUUUUGUGACUAAAAUGUUAGUUUUGUCAAAUAAAUUGACAUGUUCCCUUUAUGUUUAGUAAUCCUUUACUAGUAUUUGACCAGUCACUGCCUAGUGGUCGUAAGCUUACAAAGAUACAAAUGUCUAUAUUUCUAUUCCCUCACAUAUUAACUUUUUUUUUUUUUUUUUUUUACCAUUACAAAAUGAAUCCAAACAGAUUUUUCUGUGUCUUAUUGUCAAAUAGUUUGUUUUUCUUGAAAUGCAGGCAUUGAUGCUGGAAAUAAAAACACUAACAAAUCAAUAUUUUUGAUUUGCUU